AUGGCAGCUGUGGUUAGCUACACUGCACCCUGGUGGGUCAACAUCCUUCAUCGACUCCCACACUUCAACUUCAAGUUCCAACAAACAAGCAGCGAUUUCCAACCAGAGGACUGGCCUUAUCAGCAGUCCAUUCUGUUGCUGGGAGGUGUGGCGCUGGCCUGUCUGGCUCUGGACCUGCUGUUCCUCUUCAUCUACUCACUCUGUCUCUGCUGUCGGCGGAAGAAGGAGGAAGAUCGCACCAACGCAGACUGCUGUUGCACGGCCUGGUGCGUCAUCAUCGCCACGCUUGUCUGCAGCGCUGGCAUCGCCGUCGGUUUCUAUGGGAACGGGGAGACUUGUGAUGGAGUGAACCGCCUGACGUAUUCCCUGCGCCACGCCAACCGCACUGUCUCGGGGGUGCAGAAACUGGUGUUCGGCUGCACCGCGUCUCUGAACGAGACGGUGGAGGAGAACCUGGAGACGCUGGAGGGCCAGUACGCGCAGAACGCAGACUACAUGUCAAUUGUCCAGAAGCUGCAGGGACAACUGGACGAGCUGGUCAGGCAGAUGGUAGAGAUCCCCUUCUGGGACAACAGCGGUGUUUCCCUGGAUGAGCUGGCCAACAAGCUAGAGCUGUUUGACUGGUACAGAUGGCUGGGUUACUUGGUCCUGCUCCUCUUCAACAUCCUCAUCUGCCUCUUGGUUCUGUUUGGACUCAUUCGAAACUCUAAGGGAACACUGAUCGGAGUGUGUCUAUUUGGAGUGGUGGCUCUGGUGAUCAGCUGGGUGUCUCUGGGGAUUGCUCUGGCUGUGUCAGCGUCAUCCAGUGAUUUCUGCGCAUCUCCAAACACCUAUGUGAUAAAAGUAGCAGAUCAAUAUGGAGUCAUCAACAAAGAUAUCCUGCAGUACUACCUCAGCUGCAGCCCCGAGGCAACCAACCCCUUCCAGCAGAAACUUUCUGGUAGUCACAAAGCUUUGGUGGAGAUGCAAGACGAUGUGUCUGAACUUCUGCGCUCUGCUACUGGAGAAUACACACAAACCAGGGGCCGUUUGGAGGAGAUCCAGGGCAUUCUGAACGGCACAGAGAUCAGCCUCCAUCAGCUCACUGCUCUGGUGGACUGUCGCAGCCUGCACAUGGAUUAUGUGCAGGCGCUGACCGGCCUGUGCUACGACGGUCUGGAGGGUCUGAUCUACCUGGUGCUUUUCUCCUUCGUCACUGCGCUCAUGUUCAGCUCCAUCAUCUGCAGCGUGCCUCACACCUGGAGGGGGAAAGGCGAUGAAAGCAGUGAAGACGAAUCCCUGAGCCACGGAGGGCGACAGAACAACGAUAACCUGUACCGCGUGCACAUGCCCAGCCUCUACAGCUGCGGCAGCUCGUACGGCAGCGAGACCAGCAUCCCGGCCGCCGCACACACCGUCAGCAACGCACCAGUCACAGAGUACAUGGCCCAAAACGCCAACUUCCAGAACUCGCGAUGUGAAAACACUCCCCUGAUUGGACGAGAGUCUCCUCCCCCCUCGUUUCAAUAUUUGGCCGCGGCGGACAGUAACAGUGGUCAGAGCUGGCAGUUAAAGCCUUCGGACAGCUCCAGGUCGUUUUGGUAA